UGGCCCCUGUCAAAUACAUGCUAGCCCCCACAGUCCUGAGGAGAAACAAGUAUUAAAGUAACACACCUGAUGAGACAGCUGACGAUGGCCUCGCUCAAGUUGGCAGUGUUUUUCUUCUUGGGUCUCCAGAGCUCAGCUCCAACACUGGUGUUUAAUGUUGAGGGUUUGCAGAAGGUCCCUGAUGCUCUGAGUGCAACUGGUGACUGCUGCCAGGACUGCACCCAAAUAUUUCAACUCCUUGUUGACCUGUUUUCCAAUGCCGACUUCCAGAGAAAGGUAACAGAUGAGAUUGAGAGUCUGUGUGAGCAUCUGCCUGGGCCCAAAUCUGUCAAAAUGUGCAGAGAUGAGGUGGAGAAGAUGCUUCCGGUGGCCAUCACUUUGCUCACUGGUGCCAUUAAACCCAGGCAGGUUUGUAAAAUCCUGCGGCUCUGUGACUCCCACUUUGAUGACAAGCAGCAGAAGCUUCUGAUCCGUUACGUUGAGGACGGCCUCAGGGCUGCUGCGGCCCGUCAACAGGUGGGACCCACAUCACAAUGCUCCUUCUGCAUAUUUCUUAUCAAAACACUGGAAAGCUUGCUCCCCAAAGAAAGGACCGAGAGCGCUGUGGUCGAGCUGCUGGAGGAGGUGUGUGUCAUUCUGCCCUCCUCCUACCGAGACGAGUGUCAGGCUGUGAUCGACAGGUUCGGUAAGACGCUGCUGGACGCACUCAUGCGCUAUGUCACCCCGGAGGCCGUCUGCGCCCUCAUCCACCUGUGCAAGGGGCAGGAGGCACCUCUCAUGGAGAAAGCUGUCCAAGAUCCCUGCUCUUUGAGAAACUAUGUGUGCAGAGACUUCAGGACCGCACUCAGAUGCAGGACGGUGGCCUUCUGUCAGAGGUUUGAUUGGAAGAGUCCCUCCUAUAUCGCACUCUGAAGGUGGGAGGAAAGAAAUCAGAGUCAGCGUCAGUGCUCCUAUGGAUGACCCGGCUCUUUCAACACCUGACUGCAAAUAUUACUCCGGCUGCUCAACAUCUUUGGCAUUCUGUGUGAUAACAUUUCUCCCCCCCGCCCCCCGUUGAUAAUGAUUUGCUAUGUCUUUUGUGAUUUCACUUUGUAUACACAGUCUGCACAGACUGAAGGCUCAUGGACAAUCCUGCAGCUACAGAAACGUUGGAAAAAACACCUGACAGCUUUGCCUGUAUUGUUAAAACAAUGGCAUGUCACGUCUACGAAAAUCAAUUUAUGUUUGCACAAUUGGUCACAUACAUCUUCAGAGUUGAGUGUUUAGCUAAUGUGAAGUUAUGUGAUUUCAUUUUCCUGCUUUAACGUGUCACGGCAUUGCAAAAUAUUAAAAUGUCACACAACGCGGUUUCCACGGA